GCUAAGAUGAGGGGAAAGCGUGAUGAAAAAGACUGAACCAAAACACAAGAGUUGGGAGUGAACAGACCACAGCUGACUAAGAUGGACCUGCUCAUACUUUUCUGCCACCUGCUGAUUUUGUAUUUUGGUCCUUCUGAAGCCACAAGCCUCAUCACAGCGGAUAUAUUUGAGGCCAGAGGUCAACGUGUGUGUAAGGCCGGGAAAGGAAAGCCGUGUUACAAGCUGGCGUAUUUCUCUGAGCUCCGGCGGAGGCUGAACUUUGUGGAAGCAGAGCUGGCUUGCAAACGGGACGGAGGACAGCUGCUGAGCGUGGAGUCGGAGUCUGAACAGAAGAUCAUAGAGCAGCUCAUCACUGAACUCCGACCAACAGAUGGAGACUUCUGGAUAGGGCUCCGCCGUAACCAUGGAAAUGAAGACAGCAGCUCGGACUGUUCCUCACAGUACUAUUGGCUCGACGGCAGCAAGUCAACUUUUAGGAACUGGCACUGGGAUGAGCCAUCUUGUGGUUAUGAGGUGUGUGUGGUGAUGUAUCAUCAGCCGUCAGCUCCUCCUGGGCUUGGGGGUCUCUACAUGUUCCAGUGGAACGAUGACAACUGUGAAACCAAAAAUAACUUUAUCUGCAAAUACACUGGAGAGAAGCCUCAGGACCCUUCCCCUUCUCCCAACUACACUCAGAAAAAUGUCUUUCCAUCAUCAGUGUUGCCAUGGAAUCCAAAUGAUGACAAGAAAAAUACAGAUACAGCUGUGAAUCUGGUUUACAUAAUCAUUCCCACCAUCCCCCUCAUACUGCUCUUACUGACGGUGAUCGGAGUCUGCUGCUUCAAACUGCUCGUCAGACGGAGGAGGAAAGAGCAGAAAUCAGAAAUAUGCCAGACAGACCUAGGCCUCGGAAGCAGUACGACUCCAACUGAUGUGUACAACGUGAUUCGCUCCCAGAAGGAUGAUGACCUGGUUGCAGCUCGCCCAAACACCAAAAACACCUCCUUUCUCUGCUCCUCCCCUGACACGCCCACAGGUGACUAUGACAACCUGGGGGGUCGGGACACAGAGAGUGGCUUUGUGACGCUCGCCAGCACAGAAAGCUGCUUCCUCAACUUUGACCUCAAUGACCUCAGCCUGGGCCGUCGAGGCACCCGUGACUUCUACGACACCAGCCUGGGCCGCUCCGGGAAGAGGGAUCUGAAGGAUGGGGGUUUGGGCUGUACCGGGCAAAGAGAGUUUUAUGACAGGAGUUUAGGUCGUCGCACAACGAAGAGUGAGCAUUAUGGUAGCAGUGUCUACAGAGACCAUGGACUGUAUGAUGGCAGCAUCAGAGCGGGAAGUGACCUCUAUGACUCUAAACUGAGGCCUGGAAGCCACACAGUAAAGGCUGACCUCUAUCAGACUUACACCAGCAAUGGUAAAGAGGACACCUACCAAACUAGCCUCGGGACCUAUGGAAACCGAAAGUCCUACCAAGCUAAUCUAGAUCUCUACAGAAAUGGUCUGAAUCUUGAUGGUGGAAGGAGAUACUUUAACGAACAAGAGUGGAUCAACAGUAGAGAAAACUAUUGAUGCUGUGUAUAACUCCAUGUAACACAGCUCCCCUUUCCUGCCUUGCACAUGUUGACUUACUUAUUAGACAUGCCUGAUUACUUAUCAUAGACCUGCAAUUUUUUUCUUUUUUUUCAAAUUCAUCCUUAUAUAUGAAAAGAAAUUGCUGAAUGAGGCUAGAUUGUAUUGUCUAUCCCCUCUCAUUUUCAUACUUCUGGAUGUUUUCAUACAAUCACAUAACAUACAUAACCAGUUAUAUGCAGACAACACCCAAGUCUACCUGUCUGUCAAAAUUCAUGACAUAACAAACUCUGUUUAUCUGACAUUAAAUGCUGAAUGACAAUGUAUGUGCAGCUGAUGAAAGAAAGGCAAAAAAAAAAAAAAAAAAAAAAAACUGCAUGUUUUUUGGUUUAAAUGUCAGUUCGUCUGACGAGAAAUUGCUCACAAUGAUUUGUGGCUCCUAAAUUUUCUCAUACUGGCGCUCUAAGUGGACUUGUAUCUGCACAUUUGUUUACCCUGGUGGUUGUCUCUGGAUUAAAGUGCUGGUUUGUUAUCCAGAGAUGAUUUGGAGAAACAACUAAAAUGUACGUGUUAGCACAGGAAACAAGCAUUAUUUAAGUAUGCAAAAUAAAUCAGUUGAGUUGACAAAGGAAAUACAAAGAGAAUUACAGUAAAAUCUAGUGUAUAAGACACUUUUAUUUCCAACUUUUUAUCUACAAAGUAUGAAUAAAACAGUAUAAAAGGAUGAGAUAGGCCUCUUAUUACUUAACGUUCAUCUACCACCACUACUCAAUACACAUAACUAAGAAUUCUCCUUUAGUCAUAGUAUUGCAAAUGGCUGCUUCACAACUCAAACCAUGUUGGAAUCCAUAGUGAUGCAGAAAAGGCCACUUUUUAACAUCUCUCCCCCAUCAGGUCAUAAACCUGUAUUAAAAGAAAGUAAAUAAACUUUGUGGAGCUCUGGUUUUAUCAAAAGAAAUCCUCAAAGACAAAGAGUGGCUACACAGUAUGUUAUAGACUUUGAUGAAUACAGCAGGAAUUGCCAUGUAGGAAGGAAGUUAAAACCUUUUUUACCUAUGAGAGACCCCCAAAACAGACUGCAUCGUAUAUACUGAUGCAACUUGUAUUCUGGAUUUUAAAGCACUAUUUAUGUCAGGAAAAUAAGGCAAUUAAAUGUAGUGAUGCAUGUCGGCUUAGGGCUCCACUAGGGCUGGGCAAUUCAAUCAAAAUUUAGACUGAAUCCCAAUAUAGCCUAUGGAAGAAAAAGAAGCAACAUUUCUUCUAAAAAUGUAUCAAAAUACCAGUUUAAUACUUUUUUUAGGCAGAUAUGUUAUGCUCUACAAAUCAUACAAGCAUUCAAGUGUCAAGAUUUUUAAAAACAGUUUGUAAGACAUCCAACUUUCCUUAUUUUUGUAAAUGUUUGUCUUAUUAAAACGAAAGACAAAGUCAUCACUCCCUUCAAUAAAACAUUUCAUAUCAAAUUUGCAGUGACUCAAAAUUAUCGAAAAUAUAAUAUACAGUGCUUAACAAAUUUAUUAGACCACCUAUCAUUUUUGUCUCAGAGACCAUCCAGCAUCAUGAAGUGCUUUAAUGCGGACUCUUUAU